UCAGAUUGGACUCUGCAUGUAGACUCUUCUCUAGGGAGAGUGUUCUGGAGAGUGGGAGAUGGCCCCAGGGCUCCUGACAACCAGAGACGAGGCAUUAAUGGCUUUCCAUGACGUGGCUGUGGCCUUCAACCAGAUGGAGUGGGAGCUGUUGAGUCCUUCUCAGAGGCUCCUGUACAGGGAUGUGAUGCUGGAGAAUUAUAGCCACCUGGUCUCCCUGGGAAUUGCAUUUGCCAAACCCAAACUCAUCACACAGCUGGAACAAGGGGCAGAACCCUGGAGAGAUGGCAGUGAAUGCCUUCUGGACCUUUGUCUAGCAGAACCCAGGACAGAAUUAGAGCCCCGCCUCUCCUGCCCGAUAGCCUUUGCUAGUCCGGAAGUCCUCAGAGUGUGUGUGCUGAGUGGACACCCCCCAGAGACUUUCCCAAGCCCACCAGCCAGCAGCGACCUCCAGCUGGAAGCUCCCGGCGGUUCUAGCAGUAAAGAGGAGGACAACAGCGAUGCUCUGUUUCAGGGAUCGAGUCCAGUGAGGACCCUGAAGACAUUCUUUAGCCCAUGUCAGGGUCAGGCAGUGUACUGGGUAGAAGGCAACAGGAAACAAACAGACCUUGGCCUGGCCUCAGAAGGGAUCCCUGAGAAUGCAUGCACAGCAUUGACGGGAUCUCACGAGUCAGCAUCUGGAACAAUCAUGCAUGGAGCAUUUCCACUGGGGCUUAAUGAUGCCACAAGCCUGUUCAGCCCUCAGAGGCAUCAGGGAUAUCCCGACUGCGGAGGAGGCUUUUGCCAGAGGUCAGACCUCAUGAAGCCCCAGAGACUGCACGGAGGGGAAAAGCCUUACUCGUGUGCCGAAUGUGGGCACCAGUUUACCCAGAAGGCCUCUCUCACGGUCCAUCAGAGGAAACACUCCGGAGAGAAGCCAUAUGUGUGUGGGGAGUGUGGGCGAGGCUUCAUGUAUGUAUCCUCUCUCAACAACCACAAGAAGAUCAUUCACUCCGGUGAGAGCCCCCUUGUAUGUACGGAGUGCGGGCGAGGCUUCCGCCAGAAGGUAGACCUCCUCCUUCACCAGAGGACUCACCUGGACACAAAGCCCUUCGUGUGUCCGGAGUGCGGGAAGGGCUUUUGCCGAAAGGCCUCGCUGUUACAACACAGGUGGAGCGCUCACUCGGGCGACAACCCCUUCCUGUGCUCGGUGUGCGGGCGUGGCUUCAGGCUGCUCUCAAGGCUCCUCACUCACCAGGUCACACACUCCGGGGAGAAACCCUACGUUUGUGCUGACUGCGGGCAACGCUUUGGCCAAAAGGGCACGCUCAUCCGACACCAGAAGACACACACCGGGGAGAAACCUCACGUCUGUCGCCAGUGUGGCUGGGGUUUCACCCAGAAGGUCAACCUCAUCAGACACCAGAGGACUCACACAGAGGAAAAGCCUUACCUGUGCCCCGAGUGUGGGCAAGCCUUUGAGUUCAAGUCACUCCUCACCAGGCACCAGAAGACACACAUGGGGGAGAAGCCCUAUGUGUGUGCCCAGUGUGGCAGGGGCUUUAGCCAGAAGUUCAACCUCAUCGGGCACCAGAGGAUCCACACAGGGGAGCUGCCUUUCCUGUGCCCUGAGUGUGGGCGUGGGUUUGUAAAGCAGGCCACGCUGAUCCGACACCAGAGGACCCAUGCACGUUGGGAGAAGCCUUACCAGUGCCCCGAGUGUGGGCGAGCGUUCGAGUUCAAGUCACUCCUCACCAGGCACCAGAAGAUCCACACGGGGGAGAAGCCCUAUGUGUGUGCCCAGUGUGGCAGGGGCUUUAGCCAGAAGUUCAACCUCAUCGGGCACCAGAAGACACACACCGGGGAGAAGCCGUACGUGUGCUCCCAGUGUGGCCAGAGUUUUAGGCAGAAGUUCAACCUAAUCAGGCACCAGAGGAUUCAUACAGGGGAGAAGCCCUUCCUGUGCGCCGAGUGUGGGCAUGCGUUUGGGAAGAAGGUCUCUCUCAUCAGACACCAGAGGACCCACGGAGAGGAGAAGCCGUACCGGUGCCCCGAGUGUGGACGAGCUUUCGAGUUCAAGUCACUCCUCAUCAGGCACCAGAAGACGCACACGGGAGAGAAGCCCUAUGUGUGUGCCCAGUGUGGCAAGGCCUUUAGCCAGAAGUUCAACCUCAUCGGGCACCAGAGGAUCCACACAGGGGAGAAGCCGUACCCGUGCCCCCAGUGCGGGCGUGCCUUUGGCUUUAAGUCUCUCCUCACCCGACACCAGAGGACACAUUCGAAGUAGGAGCUCUAUGUAAACAGCGUGUGUGGGUAGAGCCUGUAUGCAACGUCACACUCAUCUCUAACUGGAGGACUCAGGCCAGUUCACAGAGAAGCCAUUUGUUUUGGGUGUGGCUUCGGCUUUAACUCUGCCCUCAUUGUACACCAGCAGACCCACUCUGGGAAGAAGCCGUGUGUGUGUGUGUGUGUGUGUGUGUGUGUGUGUGUGUGUGUGCACGCGCGCGCGCGCGUGCAGGAAUUGCGGGUGGCUUCAAGCAGAAGUCUCACCACCGCAGACACAGGAGAACCAAGUGUGGCCAACAGCUCCUAGCCUGAGAAGUGUUUGCCCGUCUUGUUCCUCCCUUUGUCCAGGAGCACGAAGCUGGCAGAACUCACUCGUGAAUGUUCCGUUUUCCGGAAAUGGGAUGGGGGAAAGUCCUUGCUUGCUCAUGAAA